AUGUGUAAUUCUACUGUUGUACUUUUAAAUUCUAUUUCUCAACAAGUGAUUAUUUAUAUGGGAUUUUUUCUUUUUAUCAUUGGUCUUAUUGGUAAUCUCUUAACUUUACUUGUCUUUCUCAGCCUUGAAACAUUUCGACAAAGUUCAUGUGCAUUUUAUUUAAUAAUCAUGUCAAUUGUUAAUACAUUUCAUUUAUUUACGGGUUUAUUAACUUUUAUUAUGAUUAAUGGAUUUGCUAUUAAUUGGACAAAUACAUCAUUAUUUUAUUGUAAAUUUCGCCCAUUUUGUGUUCAAGUGUGUAUAUCCAUAUCUUUUUCAUGUAUGUGCUUAGCAACUAUCGAUCAAUUCUUAGCAACUCUUUCUAACACUCGAUGGCAUCAAUUCAAUAAUAUUAAAUUAGCUCGAUCUAUUAUAACAGGAAUAACUAUAAUUUGGAUUUUAUGUGAAAUACCUUUUAUGAUAUAUUAUGGUAAUACUUUACCACUCAGUACCGGAAAAUUCAAUUGUAUUAUGACGAAUGACGCUUUUAGAAAAUAUUAUAAUUAUUUUCAUGGACUUAUUCUAUCAAAUAUUCUACCUUUAUUAAUAGUGAUUUUAUUUGGAAUAUUAGCAUAUCGAAAUGUUCAAAAAAUAGCGUAUCGAACAGUUCCAUUAGUUCGACGAGAAUUAGACAAACAAUUAACUGUAAUGGUUCUUGUUCAAGUCUUUUAUGAUACUAUUGCACUUACACCAUUAGCAAUUCUACUUAUUUAUAAUGAUAUUCCAGAUAAAUCACUUGAUGCAUGUGGAAUAGCUAUUUUAAAUAUUUUCACAACUCUAUUUACUCUUCUAUAUUAUUUUCAUUUUGUGGGUUCAUUCUUCAUAUAUAUAUGUGUAUCAAAAAGAUUUCGUCAACAAUUGAUUCAUGUUUUAUUUACAAAUUUCAAUCGAUAUCAUCCUCGACCACUAAAUAACAAUCAAAUACAACCACAAACUUCAUAA